AUAGUGUGGAGCCACCAGCAGAACGAGUAACCAGAUGGUUUAAAUGUGUGUGUAAUUGUGAGAGUAGACAUCUGUGUGGGUCGUCAUGGCACGAGCCACAAUCAUAUUAACUUUCAUUGGAUCUUUACUUCUUUGUUUCACCUCAGUGCCAGUUAAGAAGUCCCGGGAUGUUGACAUCUACAGCUUCCACAUUAAUUCUACGGUAAACAGCCGCUACGCCGUCACGAUCAUCACGAGCCGUGUGGCGAACCGCCUCAAUGAGUCCAAAGAGGUUCAUUUCCAGGUCAAGAUACCAAAAAAUGCUUUCAUCACCAAAUUCAGGAUGAUCAUCGAGGGAAAGAUGUAUGACGGAGUUGUAAAGCAAAAAGAAGCAGCGCAGCAGCAGUACAGUCAAGCCGUAUCACGAGGAGAAAGCGCCGGGAUCGUCAGCUCGGUAGGACGGACGCUGGAGGAGUUUAAAACCUCGGUGACGGUGGCGGCUCUCAGUAAGGUGACCUUUCAUCUCACCUACGAAGAGUUGCUAAAGCGACGGCUUGGCAAAUAUAAGUUACAAAUCAAUGCCCAACCGAUGCAGCCUGUGGCAGAUUUCAAGGUUGAUGUCUACAUUACUGAGCGGUCAGGGAUUUCCUUCCUGGAGGUAAACGGAGGACUGAAAACACAAGAGAUGUCCAGUGCUGUAAUCACUACUCUGUCUGCGUCUACCAAAGAGGCUUGGGUGAACUUUUAUCCCACUCGUGAGCAACAGACCAACUGUGAAGGCUGUGGAGAAAAUGGACUAAAUGGAGACCUGUUCAUAGAGUAUGAUGUGAAGAGACCUAAUCAGAACGGAGAACUGCAGGCACUGAACAGCUAUUUCGUCCAUUACUUUGCACCUACAGAUGUUCAGAAAAUCCCCAAAAAUGUGGUGUUUCUCAUCGACCAAAGCGGCUCCAUGCGCGGCACGAAAAUUCAUCAGACUCGUCUGGCGAUGCUGAAGAUUUUGGGAGAUCUGGCUGAAGACGACUACUUCGGCCUGAUCACCUUUGACAGUAUUGUACAUGUCUGGAACCCUGAACUCCUCCAAGCUAAAGAAGAAAAUCUGGAGAAGGCAAAGUCCUUUGUGAAGGCAAUUCAAGCUCGGGGAGGCACAAACAUCAACCAAGUCGUGCUAAAUGGGGUGGAAAUGAUAAAAAGCCACCCGCGACAGGGUUCUGCCUCAAUCGUCAUCCUGCUGACUGACGGAGACCCCACUUCAGGUGAAACAAACACAGAAAGAAUUCAGGCCAAUGUCAAAAAGGCCAUUGAUGGUAAAUUUCCACUUUACUGUCUGGGGUUUGGAUUUGACGUGAACUUUGACUUCUUGGAGAAAAUGGCGCAGGAAAAUGACGGAGUCGCACGCAGGAUCUACGAGGACUCGGAUGCUGACCUCCAGCUGCAGGGUUUCUAUGAGGAAGUGGCCACGCCGCUCUUAACUGAUGUCCAACUGAAAUACCCCGGAGCUGCAAAUCUCACCCAGACCAGCUUCAGGCAGUAUUAUAACGGCUCAGAGAUCGUGGUGGCUGGACAAAUCACAGACAACAGCCUGGAAACUUUAAAAACCGAAGUCAUCGCAAUCUCAAAAAACACAAAUGUAACGUACCAGGACUUCACGUCGACAAAAGACCUCAUUGAUGUUUUACCGCAACAUGAAAACUUCAUCCAGAGACUGUGGGCUCAUCUUACAGUGAAACAGCUCCUGGAGAAAGAAGUGGCCCUCACAGGACAGGAGAAAGAAGCAGCCAAGAAAAAAGCUCUGGACCUUUCUCUGAAAUAUGAAUUUGUGACUCCGCUCACCUCCAUGGUGGUCACUAAGCCACAGGAAGAGGAGACGCAAGUCGCCCACAAACCAAAGGAAGGUGCAGAGACACCCAAACGUCAGAGCUCCAGAAGACUCACAGGGUCACUCCUAAAGAGUCCACACUACACUAAUACGGCACAUUUACCACAACUGCAAACAGAUAGAAGAAAGAAAAUGUCCAUUCACGAUUUAACACACACGCUUAUGAUGACUAAAAAAGACGAUCGUCUACGUUCAAUAACGAUAUCAGGACAUGUUUCAUCUGCAGACUCUGAAGCUCCAGCAAGACGAGUUACACUUCAGUCAGCGAGUGAUCUCAGGUUCCUGAUCUCUGCACAGCCAAAACCGAUCUGUUACAACGCACCUGUAGGUCAUAAACUCAGCCUCCUUACUUACACCUCAUCAGAUUUCUCUAUGAAUGGUGAACUCUCAGAGAAAGGUUUCCAGCUGAUUGCUAUACAUUACAAAACAGCAAAGCUUCUCGUGAGCCCUACUGAAAGUGUCUAUUCUGACGGAGAGACCUCUGUGACGCUUCGUUGGGGGCAACCGUCAGCUGACAGACUCGAGUCAGACAGCGUGUCGAUAUUUCUGAGGGACAACGAAUUAGAUGUCACCAUGGGAUCCGUGCGUGUGGUUUUUCUCCUCCACAAGAAAGACAAGGAGCUGCUUCUGUGGCCUUCUGUCCGUCAACAACCGAGAAACGCUAAGACACAAGGCAUUCUGGGAAAAACUGAUCUUCAGUAUAUAGAGAUACCAGGGUCCACGAUUACUAUCAUGGAUCAGGAGGUGGUGGCACACUUGAGCUCGGCUACGGACUACAGAAUUCCUGCUGCCCCUAGUGUGGAAUGUUGGCUUGUACCAUUCCACUCUGCCCUGCAGGGGGAGCUGUCUGACUUCACUGUCUCACAGCUGUAGAACUCCAUGGUAGAUGUAAUGAUACACUGAUUUCUAACCGUGUAAACGAGACACUACAGAAAUCAGACCUUUAAAGACGGCGUGUGUUAAUAAAAGUAUAAAGUCGUAACUAAUCUGGAGCUGGUGGUACAAAACAAUGUAUGGCAAAUUAUUUUAAGGAAAUAUGAGCUUGUGGUAUGAGGAAGAGAGCAGGUCUGCUCGGGAGAGCUAACCAGAUGACGGGAACCGGCUGAAUGUUUUGAAGAAGGACCAUAGGCAGGAUUUUUAUGUUGUGUACAUCUAUCAAAUGAGUGUCAAUGAAACAGGAAUACGGAUUCUGACUGAAACCAAAUUAAAUGAAGCAGCCGUCUAACUUGCAAUGCACAUAAACAAAUGAUUACGGUGUUGUUAUAUGUUAAAUAAAAUCUAAACAAUGGUAUCCUAUAAGCCAGACACAGGCACAUGGAUGUAGUCAGACUGGUUAUAUCUACAUUCCUGUGUUUGUGACGUUGGCUGGUGUACAGCAUGCUGCCUUGCCUGUUAUACAAGGUUGUGCAAAUCCGGUCAAAGUUAUUUGUUCUUUAGAAGAAAAACAAAGCGUUAAAUAAUGUGACAACGAUAUCUUAUUAUUUACACCAUGCAUUGGGCAAAUCAGACCAGAAUUUUCUCUUGUUAACAGGUGGAAUAAUAAUUUGAUUAGAUGGACUAGAGUGCACAGAAGACAGGUGGACACAUUUUCUAUGUGAAAACACUGCUGAGACAAUUGCGUUAACAUUGUUAUAGAACUCCCCUGCAGUGUGAAGUGCUCAAUAUGUCAAGAGAAAAUGACAUCAAUAUCAGGGUUCAAAUAAUAUCUUACUGCAAAAACACAACCGCUUAGUCUUUAUUAAUGCACAUAAAUAGUUAACUACAUCGUACGUUAUUAGUGACGUAUUUUGUAGCCUUGUCGUUCGACUCAUAAUCAGAUUUCCAAGCAACCAAAACACAGUACCGUGCAACACACCGGAUUACAGCACGGUGCUUCCCUCUCAGAAAGAGUUCCAUAUAAAAGAAUUUGGGAAACUAAGAAAUCUUAUUUAUCCAAUGAACCCUUAAAAAGACCCUUUCCUAGUUCAGUGACAUUUUUAGCAGUAACUGAAGGUUUUAAACAGUAAGAACCUGAGCGUUAACAUAUUACCAACACAGCUGGAGCAAAUCUAGUAAUAUCAAACAUUUAGAAAUAACAGAUAAAGUAAAUUACUGGUUACAUGUGAAACCUAAACUUAACUACAGAGACGACAUAUUUACAGUCCAUAUAGUUUACAGUAAACGUAGCCGGACUUUUCUUUUGUACCAUAUGCUAUUGUUGAAUUAAAUUUAAUUUAUGAUAAUAUAUUAGUCUGGGUCAGUAAACCGGAGUGUAAAGAUGCCCUUCUAAUCUAGCUGGGCCUUUAUUAAAUACAAGCAAAUGUUACAGGCAGCUCUGAUAAGGCUGAGAGAGCUGUAAAGCUUAAUUAAGGCCUGAGAAAGUGUGUGUGUGUGUG